GAGAGAAGUUAAGCUAACAGAUGUAAAAACUAACGCUGCUCUGUUUGUUUGCUUAUUGUUUUAAAGAAGACGGAGUCUGGAGCAGCAGAGCAUCAGUUUAAGUGUCAGACAUGAGCGUCACGUUGGAUAUAAGACUGAAACGAGCCAACAAAGUUUAUCAUGAGGGGGAAGCGGUGACCGGUGUCAUCGUGCUGGUGUGUAAGGAGGCGCUGCAGCACCACGGCAUCACCCUGAACAUGGAGGGGCUGGUGAACCUGCAGCUCAGCUCCAAGAGCGUCGGCGUCUUCGAGGCUUUCUACAACUCUGUCAAGCCCAUCCAGCUGAUCAGCAGCAACAUCGAAGUGGCCAAAGCAGGAAAAAUCCCAGGAGGAAAGACUGAGAUUCCCUUUGAGUUUCCUCUGCAAACAAAAGGAAACAAAGUGCUUUACGAGACCUACCACGGUGUGUUCGUCAACAUUCAGUACACCCUCCGCUGUGACAUGAAACGCUCUCUGCUGGCCAAAGACCUGAGCAGGAACUGUGAGUUCAUCGUGCACUGUCAGCCACAGAAAGCUAAAGUUGUCCCCACUGCGGUCAACUUCACCAUCACUCCUGACACACUGCAGAACAUCCGCGACAGGAAUGUCCUGCCAAAGUUUCUGAUCAGAGGCCACUUAGACGCCACAAACUGUGUGAUCAGCCAGCCGCUCACCGGUGAGGUGGUGGUGGAGAACUCAGACGUCCCCGUCAAGAGCAUCGAGCUGCAGCUUGUACGAGUGGAGACGUGUGGUUGUGCUGAAGGUUACGCCAGAGAUGCCACCGAGAUCCAGAACAUCCAGAUAGCUGAAGGUGAUGUCUGCCACGGCCUUUCUAUUCCCAUCUACAUGGUGUUUCCCCGACUGUUUACCUGCCCCACGCUGGAGACGACCAACUUUAAAGUCGAGUUUGAAGUCAACGUUGUCAUCGUGCUUCAUGACGAUCAUCUGAUCACAGAGAACUUCCCUCUGAAGCUCUGCAGAGUCUGAACCUGUACGUCACAUCAGCGCUGACUUUGACAUCUCACACAACUGUGUGUUUUGAACAACAGAAACUUCCUGCCUUGGUCUAAAGUCAGACAAAGAAAUUUUGCUCAAGUGACUCUUCUUAUAAUGAAUUCAUUCAAUGGAAAAGAACCUGAUUUUCCAGAAUCCAGAUUUUCCUUGAAAUGUAGAUAACUGUGACCAAAAGUAUGUAUUUUUUUGUUUGUUUGUUUUUUUGUAAGUUAUGUUUCAACUUAAUUAAAAUCUCUUUUUUGAAAGUGCA